GGUCAGGCUGUUUUAUGACGUCAAACGUGAGCGACGCAGCGUCGACUUGCAAAUCGACAAAAAAGAUAGGAGAACUCCCAUCAAAAAGGUCGGCACUGUAGACUCAAUUAUUGGUUUCUUAUCGACGGAAUACUAUUCAACCACCGUUCGACUGAAAGGACUUCUCAAAUACAGGCGAUAGCUUCAACAAGGAAAACGUGCUAGCAUGGCUGCUAGGUGGGACGAGCACCAGGCUUAUGAGGAGCUUUUGCACUGGGACAGCCUCAUCCAACAAGGUCACCGGCUCCAUCCGCAGGAAUUUGACAGAUAUGAGGAGCUGCGUUACUGGUAUGACUGCCGGUGUUACGAGGACGAGCUGAGACAGUACCAUGACUAUAUUUCUGCAAUGGAGACAGCGGAACAUCCACAAUAUCACAAGGAUGCUUUGUCGAACCAGAUACACGCGGGGCCAAACGAUCGCCGUGUGAUGGCAAAACACUCUGAGAUUUACCCGUCUGCAGCGGAGCUAGAGGCGGUGCAGACAAUCGUGUCCCAUGUGGAAUGUGCAUUAAAGACCGUGUCCGAUCAAAUUGAUGCUCAAAAUUUGGGCAAAGGAAAUCAAGAGUCCAAAAGUGCAAAAAAGCGUCUCCUGCAUGGCAUUAUGAGAGUGGGCCUCCUGGCCAAAGGACUUCUGCUCAAAGGCGACAUGAACCUGGAACUGGUGCUCUUUUGUUUCAACAAGCCUACCGUCACUCUGCUUAAACAAGUGGCUGAGAGUCUAACUGCCCAAUUGGAGGCUGAGGCUGCUGGGUUGUAUACGGUGAUCCCAAGUCCGACGGAUGCAGUCAUCAACGUGAAAAGCACCAAAGAGUUAGCCCUGACUCUCACCCUCCACCUCACGUCACCCCAGGUCAGAGUGGAGCACCAGAGUGAGCCCUCGGAGGAAAAAUCGCGAACAGACAACGAUCUGCCGGACGUUCUGGACAGACAGAAAUGCCUAACUUCCUUGGCGUCUCUCCGCCACGCCAAGUGGUUCCAGGCAAAAGUCAAUCAUCUGAAUUCUGCCGUUAUUGUCAUCCGGGUCUUGAGGGAUUUGUGUAUUCGUGUUCCUACAUGGGCACCACUCUCUGGAUGGCCUCUUGAACUACUGGCAGAAAAGGCCAUCAGUACAUCAGAGAGGCCACUGGGCCCAGGCGAGGCGUUCCGCAGGGUUCUCGAGUGCAUUGCCUCUGGAAUCCUCUUGCAUGAUGGUCCUGGAAUUAAAGAUCCCUGUGAGAAGGAACCUGUUGAUGUCCUUGGAUGUCUCACCUUACAGCAGCGUGAAGACACCACGCAGAGUGCACAGUUGGCAUUGCGACUGUGUGCAUUUGGAAUGAUGUACAAAGUUUUGGGGAUCGAGGCCAAGCCCGGCAGGCCCUGGAAAGCAUUGGGAGCCAGUGCAAAAAUUGUACCAGACCUCAUGAAACCGGCUGGACCUUCUCUGCCAGCUAAAAGAUCCUUCAGCGAAGUGGCCAAAGGAAAGGAGGACUCAAUAAAUAGCAAACAGAGGAAGUUCCUCAAAUUUCAGAAGCGUUUUCCACGGAAGUCAUUGACUGAUGACUUAAGCAUGAAUGCUGUCAUGCGUCUGAACCAGUACCGACCCGGUCUUGAGUACCGGCUCACCUCCCAGACUGGUCCAGUCCAUGAGCCGGUUUUCACGAUGGCUGUGGACGUAAAUGGGAAAACGUACGAGUCCACCGGGCCUUCGAAAAGAACAGCCAAGCUUAACGUAGCCACCAAGGUCCUGCAAGAUCUCGGUCUUCCAACAGGCUCGGAUUCCAAAGCUGAACCCAAGGUUGAGGGGGGCCAGGAAGUAAUUGCAAGCGCCUCCACUGCUUCAGAAGACAAUGCUCAGGGUCCUAUUUUGACCAAGAAUGGGAAGAACCCCGUCAUGGAACUGAAUGAGAAAAGACGCAGUCUGAAGUACGAACUCUCCGCUGAGACGGGUGGCUCCCACGAGAAGUGCUUCGUCAUGGAGGUGGAGGUCGAUGGACAGAAGUUCAAAGGUAGAGGUUCCAACAAGAAGGAGGCGAAAGCCUACGCCGCUCUUGCCGCUCUGGAGAAGUUGUUCCCAGACACGCCUCUCAUGUCCAAGAAAACGUCCAAGAAACUCACAUACACUGACAUGCAUAUUCCAGGAUUCGGUACGAUUCGCGGGAUCCCUUCAGAUCCCGGAUCACCAGACUGGGGUCUUGGCAGAGGUCGAGGAAGGGGCCGAGGGAAACCCUUUUCUUCAGGCCCCGCUUACAACAAAACCAACUUCAAAUAUGAGAGCAACUCUGGAAGAGGUUAUCACAAGUUGUACAGUAACAACGGAGCCGGGACCGCGGGUUCCACCAAAGCCGUCGGCACAGUCGCCGGCGCCGCUUGUGGCAGCACAGGAAGCACUACUGGCUACGGCACGUUUUACCCUGAAAGCACCACCACCACUUACUCGGCCCCACCCAUCUCCAGCACCAACACCAACACCAGCACAACCACAUCAGGUAGCUACAAGUCCAUGCCCCCGCCUGCCGACCAGCAGAGUCCUUACAGUUACGGCUACGGGGAUGAGAAGAAGAAGAUGCUCACUCAAGGUCAGACCGAGGCUUCAGCACAGGGAGCCAAUUACUCCAUGUACAGCACCGCGUAUCCCAACACCGUGGUGGGGGGCCAAAUGUAUAAUAAUUAUGGAUGGUCAAAUCAGACAAACUGGGGAAGUCAGCAAGGCUACGGCUCGUACCAGUCCUACACGGGACAAAACCAGACCUCAUUUCCUGGAAACAGCGGCACAAAUUAUUAGCGGUAUCCUCGUGCAGCCUUUCCCAACUCAUAAACGCCACUGAGUGUUCAACCCGGACGACGACACGACGACGACGAUCCUGGAAUAGGAAAAAAAAACCUUUAAAUGUCGCUCAAACUGGAAUGUUGCUGUUUGUUGUGUCAUCACAUGUCCCGAUUGGUUUGUCACAUCUUUAAUCCGUUUUAAUGUUGCUCCAUUUUACGUUUUGAUUAGCUGUACGUUAAACUUUGCUUUGCAUGAUUUACGUUCCACCGCAGCGUCUUUAUUAGUUACUGUGACAAACCUGUACUAUGCCUUCUUAAUAAACUAUUUUACUUUGGAGCAAAGUUCAUGCCUGUCAGUGGAGCUGUGACGUGCGCCUUUUAAAGUGGAGCAUCUAGGGCAAAGUUGACGUUUAAAUGGAGGGAAAAAAAAAACAGGUCAACUUCAACCUUGUGGUAAAGAAACCAAACAUAUCAGCAAUACAUGGAAGUGUUUUGUACAAGUGGCUUCUGACCUCUGUGGACAAACUGUUAUACGUAGCAUGUGUAGCUGACAUGUUUGUUGAUAAAAAAUUGCCUCACUGACCCUAGAGGAGGGGAGGUAAUAGGAGACUCCAGUUCGAUUCCACCCUCGGGCAUCUCUGUGUGGAGUUUGCAUGUUCUCCCCGUGCAUGCGUGGGUUUUCUCCGGGUACUCCGGUUUCCUCCCACAUUCCAAAAAACAUGCUAGGUUAAUUAGCGACUCCAAAUUGUCCAUAGGUAUGAAUGUGAGUGUGAAUGGUUGUUUGUCUAUAUGUGCCCUGUGAUUGGCUGGCCACCAGUCCAGGGUGUACCCCGCCUCUCGCCCGAAAGACAGCUGGGUUAGGCUCCAGCACCCCCGCAACCCUCGUGAGGAAAAGCGGUAGAAAAUGAACGAAUGUUGGACAAGUGGUUAGUAUGCAGGCCACACAGCUAGGAAACCCGAGUUCAAUUCCACCCUCAGCUAUCUCUCUGUGGAGUUUGCACGUUCUCCAUGUACAUUUUCUCCGGGUACUCCGGUUUCCUCCCACAUUCCAAAAACAUGCUAGGUUAAUUAGCGACUCCAAAUUGUCCAUAGGUAUGAAUGUGAGUGUGAAUGGUUGUUUGUCUAUAUGUGCCCUGUGAUUGGCUGGCAACCAGACAGCUGGGAUAGGCUCCAGCACCCCUGCGACCCUCUUGAGAUUAAGCAGUAGAAAAUGAAUGUCUUUAAAUGCUGCGAUUGGCUGUGUACCCUGCCUCUUUUCCAAAGUCAACUGGGAUAGGCUCCUGCAUACCCCUUUGAAAAUGAAUGAAAGUCAAUUUUUUUUUU